AUGAAGGUCUCCGUGAAGACGCUCAAGGGAUCCAGCUUCCAGAUCGAAGUGGAACCCACCGACAAGGUUGCCGACGUGAAAAAGGCCAUAGAGAGUAUGCAAGAGCAGGCUUCCUAUCCUGCUGACCAACAAGUGCUUAUACACCAGGGGAAGGUGCUCAAGGAUGACACCACAUUGGAGGAAAACCAAGUGAUUGAGAAUAAUUUUCUUGUUAUAAUGCUCAGACAGAACAAGGGAUCAAGAAGUGCAGCACCGGCUAAGGCAACCGCGAAUCAGGCACCCCCUACUCAGACAGUGCCUGCUACUCCACCUCAAACGUCAGCAGCCCCAGCUGCACCGGCACCUAUUGUACCUGUCAGUGCACCGGCUGCAACUGCUACAGCCUCAGCAGCUCCUGCUGUUGCUGUAUCCACUGAGGCAGAUAGUUAUGGUCAGGCUACCUCAAACCUAGCUGCUGGCAGCAACUUGGAAGGAACAAUUCAAUCCAUUCUUGAAAUGGGUGGCGGGACAUGGGACAGAGACACUGUACUACGUGCUCUGCGGGCUGCGUAUAACAAUCCAGAGCGUGCUGUUGAGUACUUAUAUUCUGGGAUUCCUGAACAAAUGGAUGCUCCUGCACCACCUCCGAGUUCCCAGCCAGCCAAUGCUGCCCAGGCGGCACAACCAGCUCAGGCUGCAGUUCCUUCAUCUGGACCAAAUGCUAACCCUCUUGACCUCUUUCCCCAAUCUCUUCCGAAUGCUUCCGCUAAUGCCGGCGCAGGAAACCUUGAUGUUUUGCGUAAUAACGCCCAAUUCCAAAACCUGCUUGGUUUGGUGCAGGCUAACCCUCAGAUUUUGCAGCCAUUGCUUCAAGAAUUGGGGAAACAAAAUCCCCAGGUUAUGCAGCUAAUCCAGGAAAACCAAGCAGAGUUCAUGCGGUUGAUCAAUGAACCACUGGAGGGAGAUGAAGAGAAUGAAAUGAUGCUGGACCAGAUGGCAGAUGCAGCUGAGACCAUUGCAGUCACUCCAGAGGAGAACGAAGCUAUACUUCGUCUUGAAGGGAUGGGCUUUGACCGGGCACUUGUCCUGGAAGUGUUCUUCGCCUGCAACAAGAACGAGCAGCUGGCCGCCAACUACCUCUUGGAUCACAUGCACGAGUUCGACAACGAUGACGGGCUCGGAGGGCCACCACUAUGA